CGGAACCGUGGGAACAAGAGAUGCGAGGUGCGCAUGCGUCUUGGCGCCCGCGCAUGUAUAUAUACCCACAAAGCGUCGUCCCUGACAUCAGAACCUGGGCACCAAACACUAAAUAUGGUCUCGGCGGGUCCUAUAGCGUUCAUCCUUGCUCUGGUGGUGAGAUCCAGCGUGCAGUUCUGUGCCCCAGACUGCACAGGGUUUGAGAGCGGCGACUUUGUGAGGGACCCCACAGACUGUACCAGAUACUAUGUCUGUGCCGACGUUGGUGACGGGAUAAUAAUACCAUCAACGUACCCCGUCGACUGCCCAUCUGGUUACUAUUUCAACGAAGACCUUACGAUUCCUGCCUGUGCCUCCAUAGAAAGCGCCCUGUCUGGUUACUGCAGUAACCUAUGCAACCCUUGUGUGUACAUGUGCGACGCUCCCGGCGAACUCACGCCCAACCCUCUUCACUGCUACUCCUACUACGUGUGUCUCGAAAAUGGCGAAGUCCUGGAGCUGGAGUGUCCCGCCAGCGCCCAGUACUUCGACUACCAAAAGGGCGUGUGCAGCACGGACAGCUCCGUCUGCUACGGCUACUGCGACAUCUGCCUGCCGCACUGUACCCAGGACAACGAGAGAGUCCCAGACCCGUACGACUGUCACAAUUUCUACCAGUGUAGCCCGCCCAGUUUGGCCCUCAUCACCUGCACUCAGGGCCACGUCUUCAACAGAGACACAGGCACCUGUGAGACGGAUGCUCCUUGCAUCGUCGACUGCUAGUUUAUGAGUCAAGAGAAAAUUAGAAUCAAUUUUUAACAACAGGAACUAUGUAAAGGCACUUUCCUCUCUUCAUGGCAGAUUGAGGAACAAAUUAACGUUAAAAGUUAACAAAAAAAGUUUUUUUUUACACUAUGUAACCCCUUUGUAAUUGAAUUUAUGUUGCAGAUUAUAAUCAUAUUUUUUACAGCGUGAAUAGUGUUAACAAAUUCUGCAUUUGAUAACGAAGCAUGAACUAUAAAGUUCUGUCUAGUUCUAUGUCAGAUGUCUAAAAAAGAUUAAGACUUAUAGCUUAUAAUGUAUACUUAUUGUGCAUCUAACGUCUAUCUACGUACCUAUCUAUCUGCUAUCAUAUACGUACAGGCUGACCUGCUAUCAUGUACGUAAAGGCUGGCCUGCUAUCAUAUGUACACAGGCUGACCUGAUAUAAAGAUAUACAGCCUAACCUCAUCAACAUAUACACUCUAAUCUGCUAUCAGCAUGCACAGCAGCUUUGCCAAUUAUAUACAUUACUAAAUAUGCUAAUAUCGCCCCUUCUCCAAAGGUCUUAACAUACGAAAAAAUUUAUAUAAGUUCCAUGAUUCUCCCAUUCCUUUCCCCCAACCCCGUCCCAUCCCAAAUCCUAAUCCUGUCCCCUUCCCAAGUGCUAUAUAGUCGUAAUGGCUAAAUUGGCGAUUUCCCCUGAUAGUUCAAUUCCCAAUCCUUCCCCUAGCGAUAAUCCCUUCUCCUCCUCCUCUUCCUCGUCUUCUCCUAAUCUGUAUUGAAGGAAGAAUUGUGAUUAGGAGUCCCUGAAGGUCUUAGCUCAAAGCUACAUAUAUAGCUGCUUCUAUUUUGCGAAUCUUUUGUUAAAAUGUGUGUGUGAAAUCAAUAAAUAAAAUAUUUGCCUUAAACCCAA